AUGGAGGCUGAAUUUGGAGGAGAAAUAUCUUCUACAGCAGCCCUUGUCUUUAUUACAUUUGUUUUAAUACUUUUGGUUUGUGGAAUACCUUCGAAUACAUUGUUUCUUUGGACUUUUUUGAGGAUCAAGCGUCUCCGACAAAUUCAUAAUGCAUUUGUUGGAAAUCUGGCUAUGGCUGAUUUUCUCAUCACUACAUAUCUUUUACCUUUCAACCUAGUAUUUCUCCUGAAUAAGGACAUAAGAAUUCCAGACUGGUUAUGUCAUUUAAAUGGCACGUUUGCUCAUGUAGUAUUCAGCACAUCGGUGAUAUCAGUGUCGACGAUAGCUGUCCAUCGGUAUGUCAAAAUUUGCCACUUCAACUUAUGUGCGCAAAUAUACACAAGAUCUUCAGUUUCCGUGAUGAUUGCCUCCGUUUGGAUCAUAGGAAUUUUAUUUGCAUUACCUCUGUUAUGUAUGGAACACUCAUUGAUAUUUGAUCCAACUUUACAAAUGUGUAUCUUCAACCGGUAUGUCAAUCAAAGCUAUUCUAUCUGUUACAUGCUUGUAUGUCUUUUUGCUCCAGUCGGCAUAACAAUGAUAUGUUACUUUAAGAUUUUUGCCUAUGUACGAAGACAUAAACAGAAACUUUUAUCCUGGAACAAUGGAAUAGGACAACAAAGAUUUAAAAAUGACGUAAGGUCGACAAAAUCGACAUUUGUCGUUUUCGUACUAUACCUCCUGUUAUAUAGUCUAUUUGGGAUUCUAGCUAUGUUCUUCAAAAAACAUUCUCAAAUUUCUCCUGAGCUUCAUGCGAUUUCUAUAUACCUGGCAUUUGCAAACAGUUGCGUAAACACAUUUAUUUACGGUUUUAUGAAUAAAAGAGUGUUAAGUGCAUAUAAAGAAGCACUGAGUUGUCGGAGGUCGCAUAAAGUACACGAUGUAUCCGUUUUGACACAACAGCGAACAUCAACAAACUUUAAAGUAUUUACAGUAAAAGCAAGAAACGUUGCCUGGACAUCGACGAAUUUACCGACUACAUGUCAUUGA